UGUGAAGCAACUGCGAGUAAAAGUAAGAAGAAGAGCUAGCCACUGGUUUGAGUCGACGUCGAUCGAUGUGGCGGCUAAGGAUCGGGGAGGAGGCCGGCGGCCAGCCGUGGCUGCGCACCACCAACGCGCACGCCGGCCGCCAGGUCUGGGAGUUCGACCCCGCUGCUGCCGGCGCCCUGGACGACGUCCACAACGCGCGCCGCGAGUACUCCAGCCGCCGGCACCAGCUCAAGCACAGCGCCGACCGCCUCAUGCGCUUGCAGUUCGCUGAGUUGACUGCUCCUAAGCUGGACAUUCCUGGUAUCAAGCUCCAAGAGCAUGAAGAUGUCACUGAAGAAGCUGUUUUGACCUCUUUAAAGAGGGCAAUCGGACAGCUGUCUACUCUCCAAGCAUAUGAUGGACACUGGCCUGGGGAUAUCGCCGGUCCUAUGUUCCUUCUGCCAGGCUUGGUAAUAGCACUGCAUUCGACUGGUGCUCUAAAUACUGUCUUAUCGUCAGAGCAUCAGAAGGAGAUACGUCGGUAUCUCUACAAUCAUCAGAACAAAGAUGGAGGCUGGGGAUUGCACAUUGAGGGCCCAAGCACCAUGUUUGCUUCUGUCUUGAACUAUGUUACCUUGAGAUUACUACGAGAAGGAUCAGAUAGUGAAGAUGGAGCCAUUCAGUUAGCUCAGAAUUGGAUUUUGGAUCAUGGAGGAGCAACCUUUGCAACAUCAUGGGGAAAAUUUUGGCUUUCGGUUCUUGGUGUAUUUGACUGGUCUGGUAACAACCCAUUGCUUCCGGAACUAUGGUUACUACCAUACUGCCUCCCAUUUCAUCCAGGGCGGAUGUGGUCCCAUUGCCGAAUGGUAUACUUUCCCAUGUCUUACAUAUACGGAAAGAGGUUUGUCGGCCCAAUUACACCAACUGUAUUGAACUUACGGAAGGAACUCUAUAAAGUACCCUAUGAUGAGAUAGAUUGGGACAAAGCUCGCAACCAAUGUGCUAAGGAGGAUCUGUACUGUCCUCAUCCACUCGGACAAGAUAUCUUAUGGACCACUCUUCACAAAUUUGUUGAACCAGUUCUGUCGCAUUGGCCUGGAAGCAAAUUGAGGGAGAAAGCUUUGAAAAAUGCUAUGCAACAUAUUCAUUACGAAGAUGAGAACACCCAAUAUGUUUGCAGUGGUGCUGUAGGGAAGGUACUGAAUAUGCUUUGUUGCUGGAUAGAAGAUCCUAACUCAGAGGAAUUCAAACUUCAUAUUCCAAGGAUCUAUGAUUACUUGUGGGUUGCUGAAGAUGGCAUGAAGAUGCAGGGUUAUAAUGGCAGCCAGCUUUGGGACACAGCUCUUACAGUUGAAGCUAUACUGGCUACGGAACUCACAGAAGAGUUCCGUCCUACUCUUAAACUAGCCCAUGACUACAUAAAAAAUUCACAGAUUCUUCACGACUGCCAUGGAGAUUUGAGUGUCUGGUAUCGUCAUAUAUCUAAAGGUGCAUGGACCUUUUCAACCGCCGAUCAUGCUUGGCCUGUAUCAGAUUGCACUGCACUAGGAUUAAAGGCCUCAUUGUUGUUGUCAAAGAUUUCUCCAAAAAUGGUUGGCGUAUCAAUAGAAGCCAAUAGACUUUAUGAUGCUGUCAAUUGCCUGCUUUCUUGGAUGAAUGGAAAUGGUGGCUUUGCAUCGUAUGAACUCACCAGGUCUUAUGCCUGGAUGGAGUUUCUCAAUCCUUCUGAGAUCUUUGGGGACAUAAUGAUUGAUCAUCCUGUUGUUGAAUGUACUUCAGAAGUGAUCCAGGCCCUGACUACAUUCAGAAAGCACUACCCUGGACAUAGGAGGGAAGAGAUAGACAAAUGUAUACAUAAAGCUGAAAACUUCAUUGGGAGUAUUCAAAGAAAUGACGGCUCAUGGUAUGGCUCCUGGGCUAUUUGUUUCACCUAUGGGACAUGGUACGCAGUGAGGGGAUUAGUUGCUGCUGGAAGGACAUUCAAGAACUGUCAUGCUAUCAGGAAGGCCUGCGACUUCUUGUUGUCGAAAGAGGUUCCUUCUGGUGGCUGGGGAGAAAGCUAUUUGUCAUGCAGAGAUAAGGUUUACACCGAACUUGAAGGAAGGCGCCCCCAUGUAGUCAACACCAGUUGGGCCAUGCUGGCCCUAAUUGAUGCUGGGCAGGCCGAGAGAGAUCCAGGGCCUCUGCACCGGGCAGCAAAGGUUUUGAUUAACCUACAACUAGAGGAUGGCGAGUUCCCUCAGCAAGAGAUCAUCGGCAUCUUCGCCAGAAACUGCACCAUCACCUACUCCCAGUAUCGGAAUAUCUUCCCUAUCUGGGCGCUCGGAGAGUACUGCUGCCGCGUCCUGGGCAGCAGAUCACCAGAGGAACAUGGCGAUGCCUAGCUGCUGAUCCAAGCCAGAAGCGCACUAUCUGCAAAUGAAAUCUAUACAUACUGGUACGUACCUUCUCAAGGCAGAAAAAUGGUAGACAGAUAAAGGAACUGUACUUGCAGUAUUGUUGUACACUAUCAGAUUCCAAAUAAAUGAUUGGUGUAUAAUUAUGGAAUAUAAGAAGUCCCAGAAAAGAUGAUACCAAGAUGCUUAUGUGCAUGUUCUUUUUUUUCUUCCAAACCUGCAGUUCAUUUUUCACCUGAUGCCUGCAGUCUUGACUGGCCAUACCUGCCAGUCUCCUGUGCUCAUGUUUUUAGACCUACUGCCUUAGGCUUUAGGGACAGUAAUGGUGACAUGACAUGCCCCCCUCGUCCGAUUUAAAAUCAACGGACAGAUCGACAGGAACGGUACACACGAUGCGCUGCGCUGCGGUGACGAUGCACAGUGCCUGGCCAUGUUAUGCCGUGGUCAUUGGAUCUGUGUCCCAGCCAUUGCAAGAGGACCGGCAAUGGCUGCACCACCGCUACCGUGCGAUGUCAUCAUCAAGAAUUUAAAACCAUGAUCAGUUACAGUUGCAGAAGCAAUUCAGAAACAUAGCAAGUUCAGAAUUAUCCAGACAAGUGGCUAAAUGCUGGAUCAGCUAAUAUAUUGCUUAAGGUGUUGUAACAGGUGUGUUACAUGGACAGGCAGUUACAUGGUGUCAGGACCCCGAUCCUAAGUCACACCGAUCUAGCAUGUAACACAUCAUAUUACUUUGCGGCCUCACGCACGGUAUUCCCAUGGCUGCAGCCUUACCUGAGCCGGGACCGUUUGCGUCUUUUGGCUCACGUAUAUGAUUGUGUCGCUAGCAUCCAUAUGACAGAGAACCCGGGCCGACAUGACUAGUCGUGAACCCAACGUGGCACAAACUUAUUGGGACAGGCAUACGUAACCCAGCAAUGAAUGUGUUGGUCAUCAACGUAUGAACCCAAGUCGUAGCAAGCUACAAGGACUUAAAGGAACAACAUGACAUUUCCCUGAAGGGACAGACACAAGAACAAAGAAGGAUACAUGUCGACCAACCUGAGUGUUUCGGAGCAGUAGCGAACUACCAUGGCUUGGUGGAAGCACCAGGGGACAUUUCCCCAUAAGGCUACCAAGGAUAAACAAUAGGUGUCUGAUCCCACACAUAGCAAUACACGUCACACGUACGCAUAACAUGCAAGUAUGUGCUAUACAACAUGGCAUCACAACAUAACUUAACAACUCAUAGAGAUAAAGGCCCAGAAGAGCCAUCAUAGCAUUUAUUACAAGCAGCGGGUCUCAUGACCCUUCACACAAAGUCAUACAAGCCAAGCGGAAGCAUAAACAUGUCUGAGUACAGACAUCUGAAAAGAGAGAAGGCUAGAAAGCCUGUCUACCUACAAAACCCUCCAAAGGAAUUAGACCUCUGUCUGGGAUUCUCAAGCUAAUUGUCGAAGCCCACGUGACACUACUAGUGAGACUGAAGUCUCUCUGCAAAAACAUAAAUUAAGAAAACGUGAGUACAAAUGUACCCAGCAAGACUUACAUCAGAAAUAGCUACAUUUCAUCAGUAUCAA